UUUUCAAAAAUUUGUUCAAAAUAUGGUUAACAUUUUAUUUGCUUCAAAAUUCAAGAAAAAAAUUAAAAUGCCUUUAAAUUAAUGGUUAUUUGCUUUUCGAGAAGUGAAAAGAGAGGCGAAAACUCACGGAAAAAAUGUGAAUAUAUUCUAUUUAAUCAAGUGAACUUGGAGAGCUAUCAAAUGGUGCUCUGGCAAAAAUAUGGAACAGAUUUGAAUAUUUUUAUGAAAUAACUUAAAGCACAAAAAUAAAAAUAUAUACACAAAUCAUAUCUAUAUUGUUAAGACAACGGCACCAUAAUGCCACCUAGUCGCCUCGAUCAUAUUUAUCGUCGACUAUUGAUAACGAGAUUCUUUGAAAAAGGAUGGGGUAAACCAGAAAACCUACAAAGACUUUUUGAAUUCCGAAAAAUCAUGUCACGGCGGGAGACAUGUUUUAAACUCGUACCGCCCGAUUAUCCAAUUGAGAUAACCAAAAAAGCAAACUACCCAGAUUGUACGAUUCUCGAAGGUAAUUUUAAAACUCCUUUUGAGUUUCAUUUACCUGGACUUGUGCCGAAAGCAUCUCAGAAAGCCCAUUUUCAAGUAAUAUUGCCAACUAAAUGGGCUGACGAAAAGCACAAACCAAUGUGCAUUCACUUAGCUGGCACUGGAGAUCAUUUUUAUUGGCGAAGGAGAAAUUUCAUUGCCAAACCAUUGCUAAGGGAAGCUAAUAUUGGUGGUAUUAUUUUGGAGAAUCCUUUUUAUGGAUUAAGAAAACCUGAGAACCAAGUACGAUCGAACUUGCGAAAUGUUUCUGAUAUUUUUGUCAUGGGUGGUUGCCUUAUACUUGAGUGCCUUGUGCUAUUGCAUUGGUGUGAACGAAAUGGUUAUGGUCCUUUAGGAAUAACCGGAAUGUCUAUGGGUGGUCAUAUGGCAUCUUUAGCAGCUACAAAUUGGCCAAAACCUCUUGUUUUGGUUCCUUGUUUAUCUUGGUCAACAGCAUCUGCCGUAUUUACUACGGGCGUCAUGAGUCAUUCUAUAAAUUGGGAUAUGCUGGAAACUCAAUACUUUGCUGACGGUAUCUACCGAGAACGUCUCUCAAAAAUGGUUACCAUAAUCGAUGAUGCAUUUGCCGCUGGCAAAAAGUUUAUCAAAGAUUUCAGUCAAUCCAUGAAUGAACUCAAAGAAGAUAUAAAAGAUGUAAAACUUAUGAAAGAUGAUCUGAAUAUCAAAAGUCCCGUAGACGAAAACAACGAGUUUAAAUUUAUUGAAUCGAGUGGCUUUUUAAGAGUCAACAAAGAAAACACCCAUGACUUGAAUAAACAAUUGCAAGGCAAAUCAAUGUCUGCUAAUAAAUAUGAGAUAUCAAAUUUGACUGAAGCUGAAGCUAACGCUCCAAAUAAAAAAUCAAAAAUCACUAAAAGUGAUGAUGAUAAUGAUGAAAAUGUGAGUGAGAUAAAAGAUUUAGAUAUUUAUAAGAAAAACUUUAAACAACCAUCUUCAUCGUCGCCUCUGACCAAACUUAUGGAUUAUAUUUAUCCACGAGCAACUCAAGAAACCAAUGAAAAAAUUGAUAUAACAAAAACAAAUUGGUGGGAACGAGAAGCUUUACAAUUUAUGCGCGGUGUAAUGGAUGAAUGCACACAUCUGAAGAACUUUUCUGUGCCAAUCGAUACAUCAUUGAUUAUAGCUAUUUGUGCAAAGAAUGAUGCAUACGUACCACGAGAAGGUUGUUCAAGUUUGGAAGAAAUUUGGCCUGGUGUCGAAGUAAGAUAUUUGAAUGCUGGUCAUGUGAGUGCGUAUAUUUUACACCAAAAAUUGUUUAGAUCAAGCAUAAUUGAGGCCUUUGAAAGAGCUAAGAAAAAAUCUGAAGAGCAAAAUGCCGAGCUUGCUUUGAGCGAUGAUAUAAAGCCAACAAUAACUUAUGAUGAGUUACAAAAAAAAUAUGAAAAGCAUAUGUUUUCUUAAGAAGAGAGAAUUUUUUUACACUAACUUUUUACAGUUAUAUAUACAAAUUACAUAUAUUAUAAAUAUUUUUUUUCUUUUUUAAGUAAAAUUUUUUCUACUAGCUUUGUUUCAACAACGAUGGCAAAUUUUAAUUAAAUUAAUCGACUGCUGGGUAAUGUACCUACUCUUUUUGAAAGUGCGUUAUUUUUGUGUUUAGAUUUUGUGAUAUAUAAAGAUUUAAAAAAUUAUAAUAAUGUUAACCAAUAAUAAAAUAUAUACCAUACAUAUAUAUAUAUAGAGUAAACGCUUGUGAAUUUAUCAAACAAUAAUAAAAAUGCUUAAUAUUUUCUAA